UCCAGAAUGAAUGACUUCGCCUGCAAGAAAGGACUGGAAGCACUGCCUCCACCACGGAUCCUACACACACAUCUUCCUCUGCGCAUGCUCCCCAAACAGAUCGUGGAAAAGAAAAUCAAAUGUGUCCAGAUUCUGCGCAAUCCGAAGGAUGUCUGUGUGUCGUUCUUCAACCACGCAAAGAGGGUUGCACCUCCUGAUACAUACCAAGGGGACUUUCAAGAAUUUCUUCACCGACCAAAUGCCAUAUGGGAGGUACGAUGACUAUUUGUUAAGCUGGAAGGCUGACGUGUCCAGGUUCCCAGACCUC